GAUAUCACCUACCACAGGACAGAGGAGAGAGAUCACUCUUGGUUAAUUUGUAACCAAACUGUCAACUGACUCUCAAAGCUGUGCUCUCAUAUAUAAAGAGGAAGUUUCUGACCAACAGUCUGCAGCAAAGAGGACUUGAAAGGCUCCAAAGAUGCGGACAAUCUUUGCUAGUUGUGCCCUCGUUGCACUGCUGCUGGCUGUAGCCUUGGCAGACCACCACCACCACCACAGCUCUGCACACAGCAGUGAGGACCAUCUGAGCUGCCGCAAGCUCUCCCGUCCUAAUGCUGACUUUGCCUUUGCCCUCUACAAAAAUCUGAAUGCUAAGGCUACUCCUGGAAAAAACAUCUUCUAUUCACCACUGGGCAUUUCCACUGCUCUGUCCAUGCUGUCUUCAGGAGCCCGCGGUGAAACCCACAGCCAGCUGUUCUCCAGCUUGGGCUACAGCACCUUUAACCAGACGCAGGUCAACGAAGGCUAUGAGCAUCUUUUCCACAUGCUUGGUCAAAGUCAAGCUCAACAACAGCUGGAUGUUGGCAAUGCUGCUGCGGUGCGCUCCGGUUUCAGUCCCCUGGAGGAGUUCCGAAAUGAUCUCAAGCGGUACUACUCUGGUGAAAUCUUUCAAGUUGACUUUACCAAACCUGACGAGGCUGCAGCUGAAAUCAACAGACACAUUGCCAGCAAAACACAGGAUAAGAUCAAAGAUAUGGUAAAGGACUUGGAUCCUGAAAUGGCCAUGGUUCUAAUCAACUAUGUCUACUUCAGAGGACAGUGGGAGAAACCUUUUGAUGGCAAUUUCACACACCAAGAGGAUUUCCAUGUGGAUGAAAACACCAGAGUUCAGGUGGACAUGAUGAAGAGGUCAGGACGCUAUGACUUCUUCGAGGAUGAUAAGAACCACGCCAUUGUUUUCUUGCUUCCCUACCGGGGCAACACCUCCAUGAUGAUUGUCCUCCCCAAUGAAGGCAAAAUGAAAGAGGUGGAGGACAACAUCUGCAAAGAUCACCUCAGGCACUGGCAUGAUUCGCUCUAUAGGACGAGUGUGAAUGUUGGCAUGCCAAAAUUUUCCAUCUCUGCUGAAGCCUCCCUGGAUGACACGCUCAAAGAAAUUGGAAUAACGGAUGCUUUUGGAGAACAAGCUGAUUUUUCUGGCAUGUCUGAUGUCAAGCUCAAAGUCUCAAAGGUGUCUCACAAGGCUGUACUGAGCGUGGAUGAAACAGGAACAGAGGCUGCAGCUGCCACCACCGUUGAGGUCAUGCCAAUGAGUAUGCCCAAGGUCGUCACACUCAACAGACCCUUUAUGGUCUUCAUCCUUGAGCAUUCAACAAAGAGCAUCCUCUUCAUGGGCAAGAUCAACAACCCCACAGCCUAAAGAUGCCUGAGAAGUGUAUGUUACAUUUGUUCCAUUUUCACACUGCAGCAGUAGCUCCGCGGCAUUAGCGUAUCUUUCGUUAGUGUUGUGGAGGUGUGACUAACAGGAAGAGCAUUGGGGACUGAUGUUUAGGCAACACUUUGAUGAACAGGACAACAGAUAACAGGAAUGUUAGUCCAUUAAUCUGUCAGCAUGAAACAUUUAUAACCAUUAUUAAAAACUGAACUUGGCUAGGGGUGUAGAUGUCUGAAUAUAAGCAAUUCAUGACACAAACACAAGUCGGUGUAUCAUUUGAAGCAUCUACUAACACAGCAGAUCAACUUUUUAAUGUACUUUUGUGUUUUGAAUACAGUUCAACAUGAGGUGAAAUAAAGACUUGCUGUGCACAA